AUGGGUGGCAAAGAGAUAACUUCUGUUGCUAUAAUUGGUGGUGGCCCUGGGGGACUUGGAACCGCCGUCGCUCUCUCCCAGCUUCCAUUCCUACGGGUUACUCUUUAUGAGAAAAACCCAGAGCCAAGAGAGGCUGGAGCUGGACUCAGUCUAAGCUCAAAUGCGUGGAAAGUGCUUGAUUUACUAGGAGCAAGUGAUAUGGUCAAGGGAGGCUCCAAGUCAAACACACAUCAAAGAAAUGCCUAUACAGGGAAGGUCCUUAGCAUUAUGCAAAAUCCGGAAAAUUCUGCGGCAGAUCACCGUGGAGCAAUUCGAGCUCGCAGGACCCGGCUACAGUCAGCUCUCUUGGCGAAGGUGCCUGACGGGGUCAUUCAAUACAGCAAGAAGCUUGUGUCUCUUGAAGAUGUACCAGGUCAUGGUAUUGUCCGGAGACAUCUGUUUCCUGAUCAUCAGCUUUCCUUCACAGGAAACACUGCAUUCCGUGUCCUUGUUCCUAGAUCACGCCUGUCUCAUAUUCCAGAUAUUACGCCCACAACAUCAUGGUGGUGGGGAGAAGCUGGCCAUGUUUACCUCUCGGACGUAGAUGAUGAGACUGAGACUGAGAAUGCACUUUUCGAAAUCACUGUACGGUCAUAUCGAGAGCCUGAGAUCCCAGGAGAAACGGUUUCCUGGGGCAUUCCCGCGACGAACGCGAAAGUGGCAUCCCGUGUUAAGACCUUUGAUCAAAGGAUAAGGGAUGCUGUCAGCAUGGUAGCCGAAGGAGAGUGGAGGGAAUUUGCAACAUUCGCAGGUCCUCGUCUGGAGAAGAUCACUGGAUGGGAUAAAAUUGUUCUUAUUGGAGAUGCUAGUCAUCCUCUGUCCGGCGCCUUUGGCUCUGGAGCGACAUUUGCUAUGGAAGAUGGCUGGAUUCUCGCUCGCGCACUUGAGCGGACACGGUUCACUUCCCAUCAUGCACGGGACGCCCUUAAGAUCUUUGAAUCGAUUCGUUCUCCUUAUUACAAUAAGAUGUAUCAAAACCUGGACGAGAGCAAAAGCAGAACACAGAAGUUCCAAGCGGAAAAUGAAGAUUUCGAUGCCAUUUUACAAUACAAGAUCGACAGCUUUUUGUAUGGGGACAAGGAUUUCAUUUAUAAGAAUGAUAUUAAGAAAGUCUGGGAAGAAUUUUGUGUUACAGAGCAGACAAAAGAAGAAUAG